AUGAGGAAGAACAGUAUCAAUCAACAAAAAUCGAAAGACGAUAACAAUAGCAAUUUCACGACUGUUAUCUUAAGGGCUGAUCUACACUGUGAAGGAUGUGUUUCUAAAGUGUUGAAAUGCAUUCGCUCUUUUAGUGGAGUCAAGAAAGCAUCUAUUGGCGACGGGCAGCAGAUUACGGUGGUGGGGAAAGUCGACCCGGCCCGACUUUGCGAGAAACUUGAGAAGAAAACACACAAAAGAAUUGAAAUUAUUUCGCCUUCAAAUGAUAAGGAAGGAAUAAAAGAGAACGAUGAAAAUGGCGGCAAAGAAGGUAAACCGGGGAAGAAGAACGAAAUCAAAGGCAAAAACUCCAAUGUAAAAAAUACUAAGGAGAAGCUUCCGGUGACGACAGCCGUGCUGAAGGUUCAUCUGCACUGCCACGGUUGUACCAGAAAAAUCUAUAAACUCGUUACCAAGACCAAGGGAUAUGAGGAUAUGAAGAUGGACAAGGUGAAAGAGUUGGUGACGGUGAGGGGCGCCAUGGACAUGAGUGCUUUGGCUAAUUCCCUGAAGAAACACUUGAAAAGGGAGGUUCAGAUUUUGCCGCAACCUGAGAAGAAAGAUAAUAGUGACAAGGUAAUUAAUAAGGUCCAAAAGGAAAAAGAAAAGGAAAAGGAAAAGGAAAAGGGCGGCGUCAGCAAAACUACUUCCGGUGCCGGUGCUGGUGAGAAGGCGGUGCCGAGUGGCCCAGAGAAAACGGAAGGGAACAACAACGCCAAGUCCCAAGUUGGUCCGGUUGUAAGCGGGUCGGGUUUUGUGGUGGAGCAGUUUCACUACAACCCAUGCGAGUUUGGUUCCCACCACGCCCCUCAAAUUUUUAGUGAUGAGAAUCCAAAUGCUUGUUGUGUAAUGUAA